AUGUCAACUUCUUGGAAUGUUGAUCCACAUGCCCUAGAGCAAUUGAAACAUAUUUUUCAAGGUACUUUGUCUUCAAAUAAUCAAGAAAGAAAAUUGGCAAAUGAAGCUUUAAAUGAAGCAAAACAACAACAAGAAAUUGAAAAUUAUUUAUUAAACCUAUUGAUUCACGAUGAUUCAAAUACAAGAUCAGAUGUAAGAGCUGCUGCAGGGAUAAAUUUAAAAAAUCAUAUAUUAAAAAACAGAUCUGAAAACAGACAAUAUGUUUUACAAAAUAUUUUACAUGGCUUAAUGUCUCGGGAAUCGUUAAUUCGAAAUAUAACAGGGAAUGUAAUAACUUCAUUAUUUUCAAUUUAUGGAUUAAAUCAAUGGCCUGAAAUAUUGACAAAUUUAAUUGAAAUAAUAAAUAGUAAUUCAAAUUCAAUUCAACAAGAAGCUGCAUUAUCCGCAUUAAGUAAAAUAUGUGAAGAUUCAACAGUUGAAUUAGAUCAAGAAAUUGGCCUGACGAAACCAUCAAAUUUUAUAAUACAAAAUUUACUACAGUUGUUAAACAAUUCAAAUAAUAAAAUACUUUCAAAUUCAAUUUAUUGUAUAAAUCAAUUUAUACCAUUAAAUACUCAAUCUUUCCUAGUUAUACUAGAUCAAUAUUUAAUGAAAAUUUUUGAAAUUGCUGAAAUAAAUCAUAAUCAACAAGUUUCUAAAAAUAUAUGUCAAUCAUUUUUAUUAAUAUUAGAAUCAAGACCAGAUAAAUUAAAACCUCAUUUAGAUGGUGUUAUAAAUUACUGUUUACAUUUAAUGCAACAAAAUGAUUCAAAUGAAGUUAGUUUAGAAGCUUGUGAAUUUUUAUUAGCUUUAUCAACUGCAAAAGAUAUAAAAGAGAUUUGUACAAAUGAAAAAAUUAGUAUGAUUCUACCUAUAUUAUUAGAUAAAAUGGUUUAUUCAGAAGAAGAUAUUUUAUUGAUUGAAAUUUCUGAUUCAAAAGAUGAUUCAACAGUACAAGAUAAAGAUGAAGAUAUAAAACCAACGAAUAUAAAGUCAAAAGAGACAAAAAAUAAUGGAUCAAGUAAACUUAAAAAUGGUUAUGAAUCAGAUUCAGAAUCUGGUGAUGAUUCAGAUUCAGAUUUAGAAGAUAAUGCAGAAUUAAAUCAAUGGAGUUUGAGAAAAUGUAGUGCUGCUACCUUAGAUGUUUUAAGUGAAAAUUUACCACAAGAAGUUUUGAUAAUUACAUUACCAAUAUUACAAGAAAAAAUUGUAUCAAAAGAAUGGCCAAUUAGAGAAGCUGCAAUUCUAGCUUUUGGUGCAAUGUCGCAAAGUUUUAUACAAUUAGCAGGAGAUAAUUUACCUGAUUUAGUUCCAUUUUUAGUAGAUAGAUUACAAGAUCAAGAACCAAGAGUUAGACAAAUUACAUGUUGGACAUUAAGUAGAUAUUCAAGUUGGGUAAGUGAAGAAGCUCAUGAAGGUGGUCAAUAUUCAAAUUAUUUUGGACCUACUUUCCAAUCUAUUAUAACAUGUGCUUUAGAUUCUAAAAAAAUUGUUCAAGAAGCUGCAUGUUCUGCAUUAUCAUCAUUUAUUGAAGAAAGUGAUUCAAAUUUAAUAACACCAUAUUUAGAACCAUUACUUGAAUUAUUUUCAAAAUGUUUACUAAUCUAUCAACGUAAAAAUUAUAUAAUAUUAUAUGAUUGUAUUCAAACAUUUGUUGAAAAAAUGGGUUAUGAAAAUUUAUCAGCAAAACAAGAAUAUGUAAAUAUUUUAUUACCUCCAUUAUUGAAAAAAUGGGAAAUGUUAAAUGAUGAUGAUAAUGAUCUAUGGCCAUUAUUAGAAUGUAUGGCAUCAAUAGCUGCAACUUUAAGAGAAAUUUUUGCACCAUUUGCCAUACCGGUAUAUGAUCGUGCUAUUAAAAUAUUAUCAAAUUGUAUAUUAUUAGAUCAAGAAUGUUUAACAAAUCCAACUAUAGAGGCACCAGAAAAAGAUUUUAUGGUUACUUCAUUAGAUUUGAUUGAUGGAUUAAUUCAAGGUUUCGAAUAUCAUUCAAUUGAUUUAAUUCAACAAAAUACAAAAUCAAAUUUAAUAGAUUUAUUAUUAAUUUGUUUUGAAGAUUAUAAUGCUGAUGUAAGACAAAGUGCUUAUGCAUUAUUAGGAGAUUUAGCUAUAUUCACAAUAGAUUUAAUUAAACCAAAAUUACAUCAAAUAAUAUUAUCAAUAGGAAAUGAAAUAAAUCAAAGAUCAUAUGAGACAUUCCCAGUUUAUAAUAAUGCAAUUUGGGCAUUGGGUGAAAUGAUAAUAAGAUUACCAGAACAAGAUAUAAAACAAUACCUUAAUAAUCUAGUUGAUUUAUUAACUCCAAUUAUAAAUUCUUCAGAUAUACAAAGCACAGUGAUUGAAAAUGUGGCUAUAUGUCUUGGUAGAAUGGGUAUAAAUGGUUCAGAUAUUGUAUCUUCACGUAUUAAUGAAUUUAUAAUCCCUUGGUGUUCUAAAUUUUUAACAUUGGCAGAUAAUAAUGAAAAAGAAAGUGGUUUUAUGGGUAUGAUUAAUAUGAUUUCUAAAAAUCCAGAUCAUGGAUUUGGUGGUUUGCAAUCUCAACAAGGUCUUAAAAAUUUGGCAUGUUUAUUAACUUGUAUUGCUACUUAUCAAGAUGCAAGUCAAGAUUUACAAAAUUUAUUUAUUGAUUUAAUUAAAAAUUAUAAACAUUUAUUAGGUGAUGAAAUAUGGAAUAAUCAAGUUUUACAAUUUAUGGAUCCUCAAAUUAGAAAUAGAUUAUUACAAUUAUGA